GGUCAGAUAUUAAAUCCGACACCUAGCACGAAACUAACCUAGCUGAACCAUUUAACUCAUUCGACUGACUCGAUCGACUAGAACUCUUCAGGCCUCUAUCGUUCUUAACUCUUUGUUUUGAACAUUUUCUCUGUUGUGGCUAAACGAAUGCGUUGGGGGCCACCCGAGCGAGACUUGGGAGCCCGACGCCUCCCUCUGCCUGGCCAAACCCCGCGCCUCCGCGCGCCAAACCACUCUCCUCCCCGUCUCAGCCUCCCCUUGCGCCACCCGUCCGCCUACCGACACCUUCUCCAACUCGCCGCCGGAACCCAGUCUUUGAUCCUCUGCAGGCUCCUCCACUCUCACAUGGUCCGCGCCGGCUACAAGCCCGGCCUUUUCACGCACAACAUCCUCCUCAAUGCCUAUUGCCGUUGCUGCGACAUGGCAACCGCUCACCAGUUGUUCGACAGAAUGCCCCUUAGGGACGCCGUAUCCUGGAACAUACUGUCUGCUGGAUUUUCUCGAGCCGGGUACAGCGGCGCAGCUUUGGGUGUGUUUAGAGAAGCAAGAAGCGCGGUCGCUUUGCUUGAUCGGUUCAGUUAUGUAGGUGCUCUUAGUGCCUGUGCUGACCUUGGAUAUGUCAAGGUAGGGAGGGCUGUCCACGGCAUGGUUGUUGUUAAUGGAUUGGCUCGUCGUGCUUUUAUAACCAAUUCUCUUAUAGAUUUCUACUCCAAUUUCGGCGUGAUCAACAAAGUGAGGCUGGUCUUUGAUGGAGCGGAGGAACUGGACGAGGUUUCAUGGAAUUCCUUGCUCACGGCAUACGUCCGCAUUGGCUGGCCCGAGGUUGCUGCCAACAUUCUUGUUUGGAUGCACCGUUCUGGAGUAAAGCUCAAUAGCUUUGCUCUCAGUGCUAUUCUCAAAGCUUGUACCGAUAUGAAGGAUUCACAGGAUUCAGAAGAUGUUCGAAGGAUGCUGCAUGGGUGUGUAACUAAGGUUGGAUUGGACUUGGAUCUCUUUGUUGGCAGUGCAAUGCUUGAUGUGUAUGCGAAAAAUGGUGGAUUGGAAGAAGCAAUCAAGGUCUUUGAAUGCAUACCGAAUCCUAGUGUUGUAGUGUUCAAUGCCAUGAUUGCUGGAUUCUCCCGCUUGGGAACUGAAUCCUGUGGCAAAUACAGAGUUGAAGCUCUAAGGCUUUUCCGUAAAAUGCUAAGGAGACAUAUAAAGCCCUCAAAGUUCACAUUCAAGAGUGUACUCGAAGCUUGUAUCUCACUUGGUGCAUUGAAAUGUGGGAGGCAAAUCCAUGCCCAUGUCAUUAUGAAUAAUCUCCAAAAUGAUGAUUUUAUCGGGAGUGCACUGGUAACUCUGUACUCGACCUCACAUUUGAUGAUAGAAAGCUUCAGAUGCUUUGAAAUGACUUCUAAGCAAGAAAUUUUCACUUGGGACUGCAUGAUCUCAGCUUAUACUUAUAAUGACCAUUUUGAAAAAGCCCUGAGCUUAUUUAAAGAAUUGUUGUACCUCAGUAAAGAACCGCACCAGUUCACUCUUUCAUGUGUGAUAAAUGCUUGUUCAAAUUCAGGCAUGCUACGGGUUGGUGAGCAAAUUCAUGGCUGUUCUAUGAAAUUGGGAUAUGAUAAGUUCACUGUUUGUGGUAAUUCAAUUGUUGAGAUGUAUACCAAAUUAGGAGAGCUAGAUGCUUCAAUUAAGACAUUUCAAGAUCUUGGAAGUCUUGAUAGUUUUUCUUGGUCUGCAAUGAUUUCAAGCUAUGGAAUACACGGAAAUGCAGGAGAUGCUUUGAUGCUAUUUGAGAAGAUGAAGGAAUGCAGGGUGAUGCCCAAUGCUUCCUCUUUUCUUGCUGUUCUUACUGCUUGCUGCCAUGGUGGCUUGCUGGAUGAAGGUUUUAGGUACUAUGAAAGCAUGAGCAUGGAAUAUGGAUUAUCUCCAAACUCAAGACAUUGCGCUUGCCUAGUUGACCUUCUGGGUCGGGCUGGUAGAAUAGUUGAUGCAGAGGACUUCAUUUCAAAAUCUGGAUACGCCACUGACCCAUUACUUUGGCGUGUAAUUAUGCGGGCAUGCUUGUUCUAUGGUGAAACUGAACAGGGUAUACGUGUAGGUGAAAGAUUGAUGAUGAUGGAACCUUUUUCUUCUUCAUCAUAUAUAUUGCUGUAUAAUAUGUAUCUGGAUGCGGGAAAAGUUUCACUGGCAAUGAGAACUAGAGGUUUAAUGAGAGAAAGAGGGGUGAACAAAGAAACUGGUAUGAGUUGGAUUGAAAUUGGAGCAUCCGUUUAUUCUUUCAUGUCUAACAAUAGUCAGCAGCCACACAUGGACAUCAUUUAUGGAAAGCUAGAAGAGAUAAUGAUUCAUAUAAGACAAAAGAUGGGAGAUGCUGGCCUCAAGAUUUUAAAGUUAGAGUACCAAAGUGAGAUGUGGAAGAAGAGUCUAGUUAACAGUCAUGGUGAGUUGCUGGCCUUGGCAUUUGGUUUGUGCAAACUGCCAAAAUCAGUUCCAAUACGAGUCAUGAAGAACCAAAGAGUCUGUGGGGAUUGUCAUACUACAAUGAAGUUAUUUUCCGAGCUUGAAAGGCGGGAUAUUGUCGUUAGAGAUCCAGUUCGAUUUCAUCAUUUUAGUUGGGGUUCCUGUACUUGUGGGGACUAUUGGUAAAGGAAACAUAUCUACCACCUUGUGUGCAAUUUCAUAUGCAUUUGGUAUCCACUGGCGUUGCUUUGGUCAUUUGGAGAUAGAAUAUGACAGUUUUUCAUCGUUCAAAGUUGAGAAAUGAAGAAGCCUGUUGAAGCUGAUGGCAGCAGCAUGUUUAGGCAGCCAGAAGCAGGAGCUCUAGAAGCAGAUUCUCAUUCUUUCUUGAAUAAUCUCACAUUAUACAUGGACCACAACAUGUAAAGAGCAAGCUGAUAUUUGGGCAGAUUCCUUUGUCCAACGAAGGUGUUUUUCGUUGGCUGACAAGGGCUUAACUGUUUUGGUCUUUCAAUAAUUACCAUCAAUCGAUUGAAUGGAUUUAAUCACUCAAACAAGUUGACACCAGCGCUCCUGCAAUUGCCAUGACACUGGAAGGACUAUAGGGUGCAUUAUUCAUCAACCAAGUAUAAACAUCUGAGUCAUUCAAUGAGGAUGAAGAAAAUGAUGUUUCCUUCAUGUUAAAACUAACAAGUCACAAAAUACAAGAUGAAAUUAUUAUUUAUUUUUCUUGAUUCCUUGUAUUCUGUUCAUAUUCAUGAAGCAUUGUGGAGAACUUAUUUAUAGGCUUCAAAUCUCGAGAGCUAAUUAAUUUUUUCGAGGCAAUUCAUGGAUUUCCUCAGAUCAAGGAUGGUUACAAUCCUGCUACACGGAUUGCUUGAAGUGACUAGUCCUUUGAUGGAAGAUCGCCUUGGCAUUCAUUUUGCUGAUUAUUAUCAUAAAUCUAAAUUAUUUCGGUACCAGUUGAUGACCUGAUAAACUGGGGAUAAGAAAUCCACAUAUUAUUUGAUUAUUGUAAUGGUUACUGGCACUUAAUUUGCAAGGAAAUAAGUAGACUGCCUUUGCAAACUUUAGUAGGUAACAUUGAGACACUGCUUUGUCUUCUUUAAUUGUUGCUUGGGAUCUUCACACCAGCAAAGGAGGGAUUCCUUCAUUUAUUCUGAUAUUGUCACUGAAGCUCCUAACAGUUGGUCUCCUUUCAUUAUUCUUUCGGUGGUAUUUUUUUCAGACGCAAUGAUGAAUUGGUAGAGAACUUGAGAAGACCGAGCAGUGAGUCUAAAGCGCCUAGCUUUGCCACCAAGUAUUCUCAGCCAUUUGUCAACAUACAAUCUUCCUUUUUUUUUUACUAUACUGUGAUCAUUUCCUUGAUGUUUGGAACUAUCAGUUGUGGAUUUCAAAGUCCACAAGAUAUUUCAUUGUUAUAGAUUCUAACUUGGAGAUUCUUAUACUUAACAUGUAAAU